CUCAUCCUUUCAGUUUUCCUGCUGAAGCUGCCUGUGAUCAGGGCUGAGGAGGACUGAAAGCAAAUUCUCCUUCCCAUCAGACAGCCCAGCACAACAGUCACUCGGCCAUGGAUCUCCAAGAGGCAGUGUGCCAGAGACACCAUCGCCAGGAAGCUGGAGGAAAUCAGCCUGCUCCCCCACAACCAGAGGGCUGGAAGAUCAACUAUGAGAAAUCCUGGCUACACCGCCAUUGUUCUUCACUGUUGCGCAGGGACAAGCAGGCCCAGAAGGCAGGGCAGCUCUUCUCGGGAUUGCUGGCCAUGAACGUGGUGUUUCUAGGCUGUGCUUUCAUCUGCAGCAUGAUUUUUAACAAGGUGGUCAUUACCCUGAAAGACGUCUGGAUUUUCCUGUCCAUCCUCAAGAUCCUGGCGUUAGUCUGGAUAGCAUGCUAUUUACUGUUCACUAGGCGGAAGCCACAUGCUAUCUUGUAUCGGGAUGCCCACGCGGGGCCAGUGUGGGUUAAAGGAUCUCUGAUACUGUUUGGCGUUUGCAGUGUCCUUCUGCAUGUGAUCCGGAUUGGGUAUGAUAUUAUCCAUAUUCAGUGUAAAUCCCAAGUGGACAUUUUGUUCCCAUCCUUAGGAAUUCUCUUCAUCUGCAUUCAGACUUACUUUAUAUGGUGUCAUGCGAAGGACUGUACCCAGGUUCAGCACAACUUCACCAGAUGUGGGCUAAUGCUGACCUUGGCCACUAACCUCCUGUUGUGGCUCUUAGCUGUGACCGAUGACUCAGUUCACAGGGAAAUUGAAUCAGAACUAAACCAUUCUGCGCAGGGAGUUGAAGGCAAUGGGACAGGCUCCUGCAAGUGCUCAAACACAACAGCCUGCAAGGUCUUCCAGAAAGGCUAUAUUUUGCUAUACCCCUUCAACACAGAAUACUGCCUGAUCUGCUGCUCCAUGCUCUAUGUCAUGUGGAAGAAUGUGGGCCGGCGCAUUGCUCAGCACCAUAUCUCUUGUACCAAGCCCAGAUUCAAACUCCACGGGGUAAUUUUUGGGCCACUGCUUGGCAUCUCGGCAAUAAUCAUUGGUAUCUGUAUUUUCAUGGUGUAUCAGAUCCAAGCCACCAGUUCCUCCCCUAGUCAACAAACGUUCAUCCUCUAUUAUUCCUACUACAUCUUUUUGUUGCCUGUGAUGACAGUUGGGGCCUUGGUUGGAACCAUCAUCCAUGGCCUAGAAGAGAGGGAGCUGGAUACACUGAAAAACCCAACACGGAGUCUUGAUGUGAUAUUGCUAAUGGGAGCAGCCUUAGGCCAGAUUGGCAUCUCUUACUUUUCCAUUGUAGCCAUUGUGGCCACAAACCCAACGGAUUUGUUAAAUAGCAUCAUCCUAGCCUAUUCAGUGAGCCUCAUCAUGCAACACAUCACCCAGAAUAUCUUCAUUAUUGAGGGGCUCCAUAGGCAGCCACUGCUGGUGGAUGAAGGCCCCAGCCACGCUGCACAUUCCAUGAAAGGUUUUCUCUCAGCCCAGAGCCCACCCAGUGAACACAUGAUUGCAUCCUAUGCCUGCCAAGAGCCUGCCUCAUCCACUGCCAACAAAAAGGCAGAGAAGAAUGAAAAAGAGACAUGUGAAAAUACUUCUCCAAAAGUUUACAACUUAGAGAUAAGACAAGAAAUCCGGAAAGUUUCACAGACCUACAUUCAGACCUACAGCCAUUUGAAUUGGAAAAGGAAAGCUCUGAAGGAGAUCUCCAGCUUUUUGAUCAUGUGUAACAUCAUAUUGUGGAUUCUGCCAUCAUUUGGAGCACAUCCAGUGUUUGAGAAUGGAUUAGAGAAAUCAUUUUAUGGCUACUCCACCUGGUUUGCUAUCGUCAAUUUUGGGCUUCCCUUGGGUGUGUUCUACAGAAUGCAUUCUGUCGGUGAUCUUCUGGAGGUAUACCGGUCCACCUGAACUAUAUUGAAGUCUUCAUACACUGAGAACUUAACUAUUAUCAUGGGAACCAAUGCUUUUAUAGGGCAAAACUAUUCUAAGAGGGUCACAUUUUGAACAUUUUACUAUACUGGAGGGGGAAAAAGCAAAUUUAACCUUGUUGGUAAACAGUGGAAGUAUGCACACCCCAUAGCAGCUUAUUAUAGGACUGAAUCACUCUGUGUACAUUAUAGUCUAAUUACAAUAUAGUCUCUAAUGACAAUGUUAAACAAACAUUGACUAGAAACACGUGUUGGAAGGUGUGGAAACUGAGCUGGGUGCAACAAACCCUUGGGUAAAAGCAAGAACCCUCCAUGAAUAUGUCAGUCCUUUGAGGUGCAUUGGUUAUUCUACAGAGACAGCGAAGUGGAUCUCCUUAAGUCAGGGACAUUACUCACAUUUUUUUAAAAGGGCAUGGUAAGUAAAUGCUCAAAUGUUAACACCCAUCCAUGUCUAAACAGCUAUCAAAUCAUGUCUGACUAGCAUGCGUGUCUGGCAUAAGGCAUGCCUGUUUCAGGCACGCUCCUGGAGCUUCAUUCUUCAUGUUGCCUCUAUAGACAUGUAGCACAAGUAGUAACACUCAGGAAGACUGAAUCACUGCCCUGGUAUCAAGCAGAAAAGUAACAGGAACAUCAGUCCCAUCCACAUCAGUUUUCUGAUGUUAUUUUCAGGGUAGCUAUUUGAGGGAAAGAGCACAACUUUACUUCUGGGAUCCGUUCGUGCUGAGCUGUGGGCUUUACUUUAGAGGGUGUGGAGAGGGGCAAAGUUCCUCCUUAUGAAGCCAACUAAGCACCUUUAGGGUAUCAUACUACCCCAAUACUUGCUCCCAUUCCCACAGGACAACCUUGUUUAUUAAACCUCCCAAGGACACAUAUACUUUGCUUUAUUCCAUGAGGUGUUCAGGAUGCAACUACACAUUUUAUAAGUUAGUAUAGACCAAUAGUCUAAUUCUGUUUUCAUUAUUUAUCUGGUACACACAAUACCUGAAAACAUACUAAAUAGGGAACAAAUAGAUUUAAGAGGUACAAUAUAGAGUUUUGAGACUGAAAGCAUUUGAUCUGCAACAAUAAGGAAAGAACUGUGGUGAACCUUGAAAAGCCCCCAGCAUCAUUAAGCAGAUAAUAUAGCUAAAUGUUCAGAGUUUAUUGCAUGUGCUGUCAUCAUUUCACCUGUGUUCAGGACAUAGCAAAACAAGUGGAACACAAUGAAAAGCUGCCUCUUAAUUAUAAUAGUCUUGACUCAGUCUGGUGAUUGAUUAUAUAAAGGAUUAAAAGCUGUGCCCAGCUUUGCGAUCAAUUCAUCUUUUAGCACUAUCUAAAUCCGUCUUGUUGCUGAAGGCUAAUAGAUGGAAGUGUAAACACUUCUUGUUUUAUUGCUCUCCUGCAAAAUAAAUCACUCCCUAGCGCUAUUGGUUAAGAUCUGGGACUUGGCUUCCUUUUUACAAAGAGUUCUGCAAGACGAAAUAGGGUGCACAAGGCUUAAGCAGGCUCCCAUUCCAAGGAACUUCCAUCUAACAGUGC